GCGGAGGCUCCGCGUAUACCCACCGUUCGCCGCUCGCGCCCGUGGCGGCCCCGCCCCUGCUCUCAUUGGAGCCGCGGCGGGAUUGCAGUGGGAGCAUGGCUGCGCUGAGGGACUGCAAGGCCUGGCAGGAUGCUGGACUUGUUCUGUCCACGACCAGCAAUGAAGCCUGUAGGCUCUUCGAUGCUGUGCUGACACAGUAUGCAACUUGGACCAAUAAUGAGAGCCUUGGAGGUAUUGACGGAUGUCUCUCCAAGCUAAAGGCAGCAGAUCCAAACUUUACGAUGGGACAUGUCAUUGCCAAUGGCUUGGAGCUGAUUGGCACUGGAAGGACCGUGAGACUUGACAAGGAGCUGGACAGUGCCGUGAGAUCCAUGGUGGCUCUUUCCAAGUCACAGCCAUUGACAGAGCGGGAGAGGCUCCAUGUGUCAGCAUUGGAUGUGUUUGCCAGGGGCCAACUUCCAAAAGCUUGUGAUCUAUGGGAGCAGAUUCUGCAGAACCACCCAACUGACCUGCUAGCCCUCAAAUUUUCCCAUGACACUUAUUUCUACCUGGGAUAUCAACGUCAGAUGCGAGAUUCUGUUGCCCGUGUUUAUCCUUUCUGGACAUGCAAUGUUCCACUAAGCAGCUAUGUGAAGGGCUACUACUCUUUUGGACUUGUGGAAACAAAUCUUUUUGACCGUGCUGAGAAGGUUGCCCAUGAGGCUUUGGCCAUAAAUCAGACAGAUGCAUGGUCUGUCCAUACUAUAGCUCAUGUAAAUGAAAUGAAAGCAGAGGUGGAGAAAGGCUUAAAAUUCAUGAAGGAAACAGAAAAGAACUGGAAGAGCAGUGAUAUGCUUGCUUGCCAUAAUUACUGGCACUGGGCUUUAUACUACAUUGAAAAGGGGGAAUAUGAAGCUGCUUUGACAAUUUAUGACAAGCAUAUUGCUCCCCAGACCCUAACAAGUGGAAGCAUCCUGGAUAUAGUUGAUAACAGUUCGAUGCUCUACAGACUUCAUCUGGAAGGUGUAAAGCUUGGUGAUAGGUGGAAUGAUCUGCUUGGGGUUACGAAGAAGCACACCAAGGAUCACAUUCUUCUGUUCAAUGAUGUGCACUUCUUGAUGUCUUUUCUUGGAGCCAAAGACCACAAAACUACUGAGGAGCUUUUAACAACUCUGCAGGAACUUGCCACAGCACCUCAUGAAGACCACCAGCUUUCCCUGGCUCCUAGUUUGGGGCUGCCACUGUGCCAGGCUUUUGUAGAGUUUGAAAAUGGGAAUUAUGACAAAGCUGUAGACCUGCUGUACCCAAUCCGUUAUGAACUCGUCCAAGUGGGAGGCAGCGAUGCUCAGAGAGAUGUUUUCAGCCUGUUACUGAUUCAUGCUGCUUUAAAUUCUAAAUCAAAGGCCAAACGAAACCUUGCAAAGUGUCUCCUGCAUGAACGUGAUGUGAUGAGACCAAAGUCACCAAUGACUGAGCGGCUGAUCAGGAAGGCAGCAGCCAUGCAUUCCAUGGCAUAGGGCUUUCCUCCAGCUUCAGCUGGAAGAGCCGGGAGCUUUCCACAAAGUCUGGGUGCAGGGAGUGCAGGGGCACUGUGAAGGAAUUUGGGGAGGUACUCAAGGUAAAAAGAUCUGAGAAUAAUUUCCUUAAAAAAAAAGACAGAACUGUUGCACUUCUAGGGGUUGUGUCUUAGAUGAUUACACAAGAAAACUUGCUGAUAAUGCACAGCUUUCUGGAGCAUCCCAAAGGCACUACUGCUCUACUAUGUUUUCCUGAACGUUCCCUCUGACCCUGAUUAUACACAGUGCAGUAAGAGUGCCUGGAUUUCAG